AUGGCUACGAUUCGCAUUGCCAAUGAAGUUCAUCCCAAGAAUGAGCUGCAGGCCAAAGAUGGGCGAACAGCCGACUCCACCUCGAUCUAUGCGCAUGAUGAUGGCAUCUACAACAUGCGCUCGAGGAGGUCCUCGCACGAUCUCGGCCUCUAUCGCACCAAAUCUCUGCAACUCGACGAGGACCCUGGUUUGCGCAAGGAAGGCGACUUCAAGGAAAAGCAGGUCUUCGGCGGCAAGAUGCUACUCUGGCUAGCGUAUCAGUCUAUUGGGGUGAUCUAUGGCGACAUCGGUACAAGUCCCCUCUAUGUCUACUCGUCGACCUUCACCUCCGAGCCAUCGAAAGAAGACCUUGUUGGCGUACUGUCACUCAUUAUCUGGUCCUUGAUCACGAUGGUCACAGUCAAGUACAUCAUCGUGAUCCUUCACGCAGACAAUGAGGGCGAAGGAGGCACUUUCAGUACAUAUACGCUCCUCAGCCGGUACAUGAACAUUACAAAUCGUGAUCCAAGAGAAGCUACGCUUGUGAGACUGAAGCGACAUGCCUCCGGAGACCUCGAGAGCGCCGGCAGGGCAAUGCGCAAGGGCAUCGAGUCGAGCCGCAUAGUGCGUGGUAUCCUUAAGACCAUGGGAGUGUUGGCCGUGUCCAUGGUGCUUUCGGACGGCGUGCUCACGCCUGCACAGUCUGUCCUGGGAGCCGUUCAAGGUGCCCGGGUGGUCAACCCCAGCAUUUCCAAAGGUGCCAUCAUCGGCAUCACCGACGCGAUCCUCGUUUUGUUGUUCCUCGUCCAGCCCUUUGGAAUCACCAAGAUCACCUACGCCUUUUCGCCGAUCGUUGUUGUCUGGCUCGGAUUCAACGCCGUCUUUGGAAUCUACAAUCUGGUCCACCACGACGCCUCGGUCUUCAAAGCCUUCAAUCCCGGGUACGGCUUCAGGUUUUUGGUUCACAAUGGCGAACACGGUUGGAGACAGCUGGGCGGUGUCCUCUUGGCCUUUACCGGGGUCGAAGCAUUGUUCGCAGACCUGGGCGCCUUCAGCCGCAGAGCCAUCCAGCUCAGCUGGCUGUGUUACACAUUCCCGUGCCUCCUGCUGGCCUAUAUUGGUCAGGCAGCCUACAUCAGCGACCACCCCGAAGGAUACGCGAACCCGUUCUUCGAGGCCGCUCCUCCUGGCACCGUCUAUCCGGCUCUGAUCAUCGCGAUUCUAGCUGCGAUUGUCGCCUCGCAAGCCAUCAUCACCGCAACCUUCCAGCUGCUCCACCAAGUCAUGAAACUGUCCUACUUCCCACAACUCUCCGUCAAGCACACGUCGAAGAUCUUCCACGGACAGCUGUACAUCCCGCUUGCCAACUGGCUUCUCAUGAUCGGGACCAUCCUCAUUGCCUCGAUCUACAACAACACCACAUCGCUCGGUAACGCUUACGGCGUCUGCGUCAUGUUCGUCACCUUCUUCGAUACUUGCAUGGUAUCGUUAGCGGCCAUAUUCGUCUGGCGUUUCAGUCCCUUCAUCGUGUUCCUCCCUUGGCUCACAAUUGCCCUCUUGGACGGCAGCUUCCUUUCCUCGGCACUCACCAAAGUUCCUGACGGAGCCUGGUUCACUCUCACCCUCGCCAUCGUACUGGGCAUGGUAUUCAUGCUAUGGCGCUUCGGCAAAGAACAGCAAUGGUUCGCUGAAGCAGAAGACCGAUUCCCCACGUCUCAUUUCGUGCGCAAAACCCCGGACGGAUUGCAACUGACCGACCGCUUCGACGGCACGCCUCUCAGCUCCAUCAACGGGUUCGGCAUCUUCUUCGACAAGGCCGGCGAAACGACACCCAUAGUGUUCAGCCAGUUCGCGAUCAAACUCACGGCCAUGCCCGAAGUGAGCGUGUUCUUCCACCUGCGCCCGCUCGAGACGCCCUCCGUGCCGCCCUCGGAACGACAUACCGUGUCCCGCCUCGCGAUCCCGCACUGCUACCGCCUCGUCGUCCGCUACGGCUACAACGACGAAGUCAUCACCCCGAACCUCGCCUCCGUCAUCUACGAGCAGCUCCGAGUGUACAUACUGAGUGAGCAGAAGACACCCGCAAUCCAGGCACCGCCGCCUUCGGGUCUCAGUGAGAGCAGCGAAGAAACAUCCACGGCCACACGCUCUAGACCUGAAGUCCUCAAUGCCGACACCGACGCCGACGCCGACGCCGACGGUGACAUGUUCUCUACAUCCUCGCGCGACAAGACGCCGCAAGUACAUGCGCAAGGACAAGAGCAGACGCGGACACCUUUGCACCUGCAACCGCACCCGCACUCACACCAUAACUCGGAAAAAUCGCCGGUGGAGGCAUUGGCCCGCCUGGACCGCGCCUUCAGCUAUAAAGUCAUGUACAUCAUGGGGAAGGAGCAGAUGAAGAUCAAGCACACCACGGGCCCGCUGAGACGUGUGCUGCUCGUGCUGUUCUUGUGGAUGAAGGACAAUUCGCGCACCAAGAUGGCGAGCUGA